CCUGGAACAAUACAAAGCUAAGUUGCACACCAUAGCAAAGCUUUCACUGAGAAUUCAUCUAGAUCUUGGCAAAUAAAAAACAACACAGAAUGGAGCUCUGGAACUCCUCCUUGGGAAAUGACUUCAUCUUGAUGGGCAUUCUGAAUGACAGUGGGUCUCCUAAACUGCUCUGUGCCACAGUUGCAGUCCUAUACAUGUUGGCCUUGACUAGCAAUGGCCUUUUGCUCCUGGUCAUCACAAUGGAUGUCAGGCUGAAUGUGCCCAUGUACCUCCUGCUCCGGCAGCUCUCACUCAUGGACCUCCUCUUCACAUCUGUUGUCACUCCCAAGGCCCUUGUGGAUUUUCUGCACCAAGAAAACACCAUCUCCUUUGGAGGCUGUGCCCUUCAGAUGUUCCUGGCACUGACAUUGGGUGGUGCAGAAGACCUCCUACUGGCCUUCAUGGCCUACGACAGGUAUGUGGCCAUUUGUCAUCCUUUGAGCUACAUGGUCCUCAUGAGGCCGAGGGUCUGCUGGCUCAUGGUGGUCACUUCCUGGAUCCUGGCAUCCCUGAGUGCUCUAGGACACACCUUGUAUACCAUACACUUCCCUUUCUGCAUGUCCAGGGAAAUAAGGCACCUGCUCUGUGAGAUCCCACCUCUGCUGAAGUUGGCCUGUGCUGAUACUUCCAGAUAUGAGCUCAUGGUGUAUGUGACAGGUGUGACUUUCCUCUUGCUCCCUCUCUCUGUCAUUGUUGCUUCCUAUAUAUUAAUCUUAUUUACCGUACUCUACGUGCCCUCAAAGGAGGGAAGGCAGAAAGCCCUCGUCACAUGCUCUUCCCACCUUACUGUGGUUGGGAUGUUCUACGGAGCUGCCACAUUCAUGUACGUCUUGCCCAGUUCCUUCCACAGCCCCAAGCAGGACAACAUCAUCUCUGUUUUCUACACAAUCAUCACUCCAGCCCUGAACCCUCUCAUCUACAGCUUGAGGAAUAAGGAGGUCCUGUGGGCCCUGAGGAGGGUCCUGGGAAAAUACAUGUUGCCGACAUCCUCCACACUCUAGGACAGGCUCAUGGCUUGCCUUUCUCCAUUCCUUCUCCAAAUCAGAGGAUUUGUGCUAUUAACCAUAUAUUCACAUAAGGCCAACAUUACCAGUUGGCGUCAAGUGGACUCCAACUCAUGGUGACCCAAUGUGUGCAGAGUAGAACCGUGCUCCACAGGAUUUUCAAAGCUAUGACCUUUCGGAAGCAGAUCACUAGGCCUUUCUUCUGAAGCGUUUCUGGGUGGAUUUGAAGCCAAACUUUCCUUUAGUAGUUGAGCACUUAACUGAUUGCACCAUGCAGGGACAAGGCCACCAUAGUAGGGUGAA